AAUUCCAAGCCUUAUCAUCUCUCUGCCCAAUAAGUUCCAAACUCUCUUCCUCCUCUAUCAUUUGCCAAUAAUUCUUCCUGAUUCCUCUAUCCCAAUCCUCUUCAUUUAGCUAGAGAUGGAGGGGGAGAAGAGCAAGAAGAAGCUGGUGGAAGUCUCCCCGGAGUUGGAGGUCGUCAUCGACUUCGUGCUUGCACAGAAGUGCCGGGCCAAUGUCCGCCUCCGCUCCAUCUGCUCUACCUCUGCCGUGGCCUUCAAGGUCCAGACAUCCUCCCCUGAUAGGUUCCUCGUCAAUCCUCCGAGCGGCGUCAUUCCUCCUCUGUCCUCCGUGACUUUCCAAAUCAUCCUCAAGCCCCAGCCACAGCUCCCGCCAACUUAUCCCCGGUCCCCCUCCGACCGAUUUCUGAUCCGCGUCGCGGUGUUUGGCCAGGCAGACUCGAUAAUGGCAGAAUCAAUAAACUCUUGGCUCUCCUCCCAGCCUCCGGGGACCACCCAGGACAUCAAGCUCAAGGUCGCCUUCGCAGGGCCAUUGCUUCUCCGCCAUGCAGUCAGCUGCGGUGACACCAAUGUUGUGAGGAAGCUGAUCAAGCGGCGGAAAGCAAUCCUCGCCGAACUAUCCCCUGAGAAGGCAGAGUCACUCCUCCAAGCUGCAGCAGACUCGGACAACUCGAUCAAUAUGAUUAAGCUGCUGGUAGAGUUAGGGCUAGGAUUUCGUCAUAUGGGUGCAGAUGUAGGCCGGAACGAUGAUGAUCCUGACCAUUCAGCUGUUGAUGUUGCUACUAGUAACAAGCUCCAUACAAUCCAAGCGGACAAAUCGGAGAGAGGGGAAGCUGUGCUGAUGGCGGCGAGGCAUGGCGACCUGAAGCAACUCGAGUCACUCCUGAGCAGAGGCAUGAUUACAACCUUCUCCGAUCAGUAUGGGCUGACGGCCAUCCACAUUGCCGCCAUCAAAGGCCAGAGGGAAGUGGUGGAGCUGCUGAUAAGUCACGGCUUGGACUUGGAAUGUCGCGACAACGAAGGCCAUACACCACUGCACCUGGCGGUCGAGUCUGGCAGCAUGAGCACGGUCGAGGCAUUGAUUGAUCGCGGCGCAGAUUGCAAUGCUGCCACCGCGAAUGGUGUCACGCCACUCUACGUGGCGAAGGCCAUGGGAUAUGAGGAUAUUGCGGGGAGGCUCGAGGAAAGUGGUGCCAUCCAUUCAUUUCUUGCAGUCCCAUCUGAAAAUCCGCGAUCGAGUUAGAAUACGAAAGAGACUACAUAACUUGUAAAGCGCCAUCUAAUGGCUAUAGCAAUGAUAUAACAUGCUCAAUGACAAAAUUGGAUUGGAUUGUUACAGGUGAAA